AAAUGUAAACAAACAAAAUUAUAUGAAAGUUUGGAGCAUUGCAAGAAGCCUUGGCCACUAAAUAUUAAAAAAAAAAAAACAGAAAUUUGGAUCAUCAAAAGAAUAUAUAAAAUGUCUCUUAGGCUAUUAAAGCAAAGCUUGGAUAUAAUAGAUGAGACACCAUGUAUUGAUAAAAAAGCUACACAAAAUAAAGCAAAACCUCUGUCCAAAAUAGGAAGUGUAAGCAGUUCACAUAAAAACGAAGCGAGAAAUCAUAAAAAUCUGGCAUUCAAAACCGCAAGCAAGAAGGACAAAAAGAAUAUAGAAGAUCUACGCAAGGAGUUUUUGCCUGACCAGAAUAAAACGAAUUUAAACCUUAAACGCUUACUGGCAUUGUCACAAAAUUCAAUAGAUGCUAAUGUAGCUAAAAAGAUCAUUCAGCGAAGUAAAAAAGGAACCGCGGUGAAGAUGCCGAAGAAAAAGAAAGUACAGGAAUCUAUCUUUACAGAGGAGGACUUUUUGGCUUUUGAAAAAGAAUAUUUUGCUGACAACAGUCAUUAAAUAUAUCUACAUAUGUAAACAUUUGUUUAGCCCUGCAUGGUCGAAUCGACAAGGCAUUACUUAUGUGAAAUGCAAUUUUCGUGUAUAAUUUGACCUAAAAUUGUAAAUAUAGAAUUACGAAUCUAUAUGAUCUUCCCACAAAUUUUAUUAAAAUAAAAUGAAAGUUGAAUGCCAUUGA